AUGUGCCAGCCACACCUGCCAGCCCUACGCAACUUGUGCCAGCCACACCUGCCAGCCUCCUGCAACUUGUGCCAGCCACACCUGCCAGCCCUCCGCAACAUGUGCCAGGCACACUGCCAGCCCUCCUGUAGCAUAGCGUUUCAGCCACACCUGCCAGCCCUCCUGCAACAUGUUCCAGCCACACCUGCCAGCCCUCCUGCAACAUAUGCCAGCCACACCUGCGCCUCCCGCAACUUGCCAGCCACACCUGCCAGCCCUACAGCAACUUGUGCCAGCCACACCUGCCAGCCCUCCCGCAACUUGUGCCAGCCACACCUGCCAGCUCCUGCACCCCAGGUGCCAGCCACACCUGCCAGCCCUCCUGUAGCAUGCUUCAGCCACACCUGCCAGCCUCACGCAACAUAUGCCAGCCACACCUGCCAGCCCUCCCGCAACAUGUGCCGUCCACACCUGCCAGCCCUCAUGCAACACGUGCCACCCACACCUGACAGCCCUGCAACACGCCACCCACAUCUGACAGCUCUCUGCAACACGCCACCCACACCUGAGAGCUUCUCCCUGCAACACGUGCCACCCACACCUGACAGCCCUCCCACAACACGUGCCACCCACAUCUGA